AUGGGGAUUAUCUACUCUCACUGUGUUAUCAUAAAAACAGAAGGGGCUAUUACCACUUAUCAAGUUAAUGACAGUCGAGAGGUUGAAGACGGCAUCAAGAAGUCAACUGUGCAGGCGUACUUUAAUGAAGAAGAGUGUGAGGCGAAGUGCAUGUGUGGAUUAUUUGAGAUGAGAGGAAUUAUAUGUAGGCACAUGCUUUCAAUAUUCGCCACAAGGAAUGUCCAAGUGUUGCCAGAGAAGUAUAUUAUGGAGAGGUGGAGGAAGGACAUUAAACGUAGAUAUGUUCUCAUUCGAAGCAGUUACGAUGACUUGAGUGGUAAACCAGCCGCUACUCGAUACUCUGGAUUGAUAAAAAUAUGUUACAAAGUAGCCACAAAUGCAUGUGAAAGCGAAGAAAAUUUCCUGGAUAUGACAGAGAAGCUUAAGGCAAUGAAUUCGAUUUAUACUAAAACAAAGUCCCAAGCGAUUAUUGCAAGCACUCAUAUUUCCGCUGAUGCUGAAACUGAAAGUUCGAAAAAAGUGUUCUGUCCUCGUGUUGUCAGAGGCAAAGGGAGACCCCCAUCAAAGAGGAAACAACCUACUAUAGAGAAGUUGCGAACCAAGAAUAAAGUUGGUAGCAAGCGACAGAGAAAAAAUGUAAGAAGAUUUAAAUAUUUUAAUUCUGAUAUAGUUUUAGAGCAUUUAAGUUAUGCUGAAUUUUAA